CCCUCUCCGUCGUCCGCGCUGCCAUCUUGGAGCUCCGACGGCCUCUGGGCGCCGCCAUCUUGUCUUUCUCUCGGCGUGGAGGGCGCCAUCUUGUGCCCGCCAGAUGAAUGAACCUUGCCGCGAGGGAGGGGAGUCUAUCCGGUUCGCUCGGCUGCUCAGUCUCUCGGCGUGGCCAGCCAUGGAGAGCCGCGCCGCUCGUCUCUCCCUCCUCCUCCUCUGCUUGGGGGGCGCCCUGGCUGCCCCGGAGCUGGUCAACGAAGAAGUGAAGAGGACUGUGGACCUCGGCACUCACCUGGCCAAAGUGACGACCGAGCUGAGCCUGGCCAACCCCGCGGGGGGCUCCGGGUCGGCCGCCUCCUUCCUGCUGGCUCUGGACCCUGGCCUGGAGAGCCACCUGGCCUACCUGGGGGUGCAGGUGAGCGAGCUACUGGCGGGACGCGCAGCCUCCGCGGCCUUCCGCUUCCGAAGCCCUUCCUGCUGCCGCCGCGCCUCAUGUCUCGGAGCCCCGUGAGCCUCGCUCGCCCUCUCCCUCCGGCCUCUCGCAGAGACGGCGCCCUCGGCCAGCCCUGGCGCCUCCCCGCUCGCGCUUCUCCUUUUCUUUCUGCGCGCGGGGCAAGUGUUUCUAGGAGUUGUGCUUCUGCCUUUCUUUCGCCUUCCCUCGCCGCGCCCAGGCUUCGAAAAUCAUCUUCCCCCCUCCAACCCACUUUGCCUUCGCCUCUUGGUUUUUCCUGGGCGUCUGCCUCCAUUCCCUGCAGCUUUUCAUUCCCUAAUAAGUUCGCUUGUUGGCAUUUGAGCGGAUAUCAUUUCCAAAGCAUCCCCUCCCCUCGCCUCAACAACGCUAUGGCAUUGCAUUUCAGGGGUUUGUCUUUCUUAACUGUACUGACUGUGGUGUGUUUGGCUCCUUUCCCCGUAUAGUUAGCAGGGAUGGAGGCUAAACUGCAGAUUUGGGGUGGCUAUCUCCUUCUUCCCGUAGAGGAGGCCGUGCUGCAGAGAUAUAUGGGACACGAAGAAAACCCUAUCAAUUUUUUGUCCACCCGAAAUAAAAGUCUGGGAUCUUCUGGGCAGCACACAUAGUGGAUUGUGAUCUGGGAAUGCAGUGUUAGUAGAAUAUGUGAUCCACAUUGGCGUGGGGGUGGAAAUAGAGGUCUUUUCUAAAGUUACACGUAAGCUGCCCUUUGGGGGGUUGCCAGCUUUUUGACCCAGAUAAUGUCAUGGAAAGGGUUGUCACUUUGCAGCAGUGCUCACCACGUAUUUGUUUUAUUUCUCCUCUUCCUGACUGCUGACUCCCUUCAGAGCUGCCGCUGUAGUAAAUGGCCUGGCAUAUACUGACACGUAAGCGCAAGUGCUGCAAUUGGAGAGCAACCAGUGGCAACCUAGAGGGAAGGAGGCCUGGAUCUCAAGGCAUGUCUAUAAAACCGCAUAACGCAUGCGUUUGCAGGGCCUGUGGCUAGCUGAACAGCAGACUGCUGGCAUCAGAACAUUUUAAGUGGCUUAUUAUUAUUCAUUGCUGCCUGUGUUUCCUGCCUGCCUGCAAUAAUUGGAGGUGUUCGUAAAUGUGAGCUUAGGAGAAAGCCUUUCUAGAAGGUGUGUUUUAGCUGCUUCUAUCUGUGUGGCAACGUGUUAAUGAAAACGGUUAGUUGAAGCUCUGUCCUGAAACAUGAAUGGCUGCAGAUAUCAUAGUGGAGUGCGCUCUGUUACUAGAAAGUGAGCAGUCACAGCUAUUUGGGAAGGACUGUAGCUUGGUGGUAGAGCAUCUGAUUUGAAUAUAGAAAGUCCUAUGUUCAAUCCCUAGUAUUCCUAGAGAGGACCAGGAGAAAGCCCAGUCUGAAAUCCCGGAUAGUGGCUUCCAGUCAGUGAGCUGGAUGGACCAGUGGCCUGACUUGAUAAAAGGUAGCUUCCUAUGUUCCCAUUUGCUGCAGAGUAUUCAUUCCGCAAGGCAACUUGAUUUUAAGGAAUGUAAUAGCAGCUAGAAAGCUGAGCUAAGCUUAUUUUGUCUUUGGAAGAAAGGGUUGUAAGUAAGUACAAUAAAGUGAAGGCAGUAAGGGUAGUGGACUGAGUCUUUGGCACUGUAUCUGAUGGCCAAAAGUGAGCUCAUUGGAACUUAGGCCCUGCUCCCUAUGCAAUCACAGUUUCUAUAGGGGUCUUCCCCAACCUGGUGCCCUUCAGCUGGUUCCCAGUCAACCUGGGUGGUGGUGUCAAAAACAAUGGGAGGGCACCAGGUUAGGCAAAGCUACCCCCAAGUAUGAUUUCUCAUGUUAUUUACAGUCCCAUUCUAAAUAAUGGAACUUGCUUCCUUGUAACUAUAUGCAUAGGAUAACUGCCGUUGUCUUCUAUUUCAUCAUUUUGCAAAAUGGGAAUACUUGCUGCCUAUUGGAUAGUGGAUAAUGCUGAAUAUGGAUAGGCAUUUCACUCUCAUACAUGAAUUUCUUUAUAGUCCUUGGACAAUCAGAUACUGGUUGCAGUAUCUGGUAGUUUUGAUCCAUCUUAGAGUUACAGUGAGAGGCCUGUGAAGCCCUUUGUGGAUUAAAAAUGGAACUAAAUUAUUUUUGACCUGGGGGUAGGUGUACAUAUAUAUUUGGGUCUGAAAAUAUGAAUUAUCAGUAAAAUAAUUCUACAUCCUAGCCAUGCCUUUACUUUCUAGUGAACCCCUUCCCAAGGACCUGAAAGAAUCACAUGUAUCUUUUUUAAUUUUGGCCAGUUUACUCUCAAAUUAAGAAGAAAAGUGCUGUCAGGUGCAUCGUCUGUCCUUGUAACAUUGGGGAGGCUGUUGGAGAAAGUAAAAUCAGGACUGUUUUCAGCAAAUCAUGUCAUCCAACACUUGUCUGUCUAGUUGUGGCUAUUCAGUGAGUUCUCACAAAAGACUUCUGGUAGAAGAACAGUAAGUCUUUGAUCAGAACUUGCAUCCCAUAAAUCACUAUUGUAUGUCUCUUGUUCUGAAGCUAACACAGUAACAGGGUUCCAGAACUUGCCUACCUGCUUGCCAGCAGUGUGUGUACUCCCUGUCCAGUAAGCAGAAGAAAAAUGUGCUUUAUCUCUGUUGUUUUGGCUUCUGCAGAAAGCACCAGUAGUGCCUCACUGUUGCUUUAGAAUUACAGAAGCCAAAUUCAGAGGGAAAGGAUUUGCCUCUUCAAAAUCACCACAGAGAAAAGGGAGGAAUGCUUUCUCAUAGUUUGAAAUUUGCAGGAGACAGCAGCACAUUGUUGCUUGCUCCUUCUGCAGGAUCCCUUCAGAAAGGCAAACACCCCUCCAUUCUCCAGGUUCUUCAAAAUGCCGCAGGACUCCAGGAAGGAAGGGGUGAAUGACAGCUGCAGACAAUGGGCUUGGCUAGUAAUCCAAGCCAGCAUUUACGUGUUCUUGUAUAAGAGUCUCAAGGGUUUAACAGACCUCUGUGUAUGUUGCUUUUAGAUAAUGCUGCAGGGUUUGUGGAGUUAGCCAACAACUUGUUCAUGAUUGGAUGGCUAAUUAUUGGUGUGUGUGUGUGUCAAAUUGAAGUGUGUCUUUGCUGACUUGCAGACCCCUGGGAGUAGGAAUUAGCACUUGUGAUGAAUUCAGCUGUCUCAGAUGGAAACUGUUAAUGGUAACAAUGACCAAACUUGAAUUUAAUCUUUUGUUAUAGGUGAAAGGCGAGGAAGAAGAAGAGAGUACUCUUGAGUUGAAGGAGACAAAGGUAAAAGGUAAAAGGUGAGUUUUGCCAAGGGAAACUAUAUCAUAUCCAGGUUUGCCACAAAAUAUACACUGAAGAAUUUGCGCCCAGUCUGUAUGACGCAUAUACUUAGCACAUUCAGACUUUAUAUUUUUGUAAUUUCCAAAGUGUUUCUUAAAAAAUAAAUAUUGUACUAGGUCAGAGACGUUUGCUUGUAGCCCUGCAGAAUCAUAGAAAAUCUAAGACUUCAGAUACUAUUUUAAUAGUGGCUUUCUUUUUGAUUAUUGGAUUAAAAAAUUAAGAAAAACAAAUCUAAUCUGACAGUUCUGAUGACAUGCAGUUAUCACUUGAAAUUGGGAGGCAUAGUAAUUCACAGAGUUGCAUUAUAAUCUGCUUGCUUCUUAGAAGCCUAAACCUGUCUAUUGGAAACAAAAAUUAUCAUUAUCAUUAUUUACCUGCCCACAGAAUGGGUUACAUUACAACACCAUACGAGUAAAACAACUUACAAUUACAGAAAUAAGGUGGGUUCUAUCAAUGUACACCUCAAGUGUCAAAAGCCAGGGCAAAGAGGUGUGUCUUCAGCGUGCACCAUAAUGAAAGUGCCAGAUGCACCUCUGUGGGGAGGGAGUUCAGAACUUAGGGGCUGCCACAGAAAAUACCCUCUCCUAGGCCACCACCACGUAAGCUUUUGAAUGCAGAGGAACGACCAAGUGUGCCCGCUCUGGCAAUCCUAGCACCGAAGAGAGUGGGGUGGGAAAUAUAGUCUCCAUGUAUUGAAGAGCUGUUACAGAGUUGUGAAAAGAAUGCUGUUGAAAGAAAGAAAGGUUGUCUUUGAAUAUGUUGCAAAGGAAUGUGCUGGCCUUGAUAGAUGAGCUUUUUAGCCUUGUACUGUCUCUCCUGAUAAGACUUCAGUUGCUUAGUUACCUGAUAAGACCCAUGCUAUGUAUGGUACUUGGGUAUUGUGCAGGUAUUGUGCAUGUGUUAGGAGCUUAGAAACCUUAUAAAAAACUCAGGUAUUCCUAGGGAUGCUGGAAUUCACCCUGGUGACUUCCCCCAAAUGUUACAUUUGACCAAAUAAAGCUGCCUUAAACUUUCCUUGAUGUACUGCUUGAAGAAAUCCACAACAAGGGUCUGUAAGGAAGGAGGUGGUCUUUUAGGUAUUUGGGGCCUGAGUCGUUUAGGGCUUUGAACAUUAAUGUGAGUGGCUUGAACUGGGCCCAGAAAUGAACUGGCAACCAGUGCAGCUGUUUUAGCACAGGAGGUUAUGUGAGAUCUGAACUAAACUGCAACCAGUAAUCUAGCUGCUGCAUUUUGGACCAAUCAAAGUUUCCAAGUCAUCUUCAAGGGCAACCCUGUAUAGAGUGCAUUGCUGUAAUCCAGUCUGGAAGUUACCAGAUCAAGGAGUGGCCAAGUGAUCUGUAUCCGAAAUGGGCUGUAGCUGGUGAACCGGCUGGAACUGAAAAAAGGCAUUCCUAGCCACCUGAUCCUCCAGUGACGCUUUAAAUCCAGGAAAACACCUUCCCCAGCUACAAACCUGCUCCUUUCAUGGGAGUGCAAGGCAGACUGUCUCCCCACCUCCCAGGUGUGACAAUGGGGCACACAACACCUCUGUCUUUUCAGGAUUCAGCUUCAGUUUUAUUAGCUCGCAUCCAACCUAUCUGUUGUCAGUCGUUACUGACCAGUCUUUAAAAGCUAUUGCAAUAUAUCUUUUGACAUUUAAAUCAAACUGUUAGCUGUUAUAACAUUAGUCAAUUGAGAUCAGGGUUCUCUGAAAUAGCAAACGUUCCCAAGAGUCCAUGUUCUGAUUGCUGACAGCAGUGGGCCACAUUACUGCCAUUUUGAUUAAACCCAGGCUAGUAUAACUGAGCUAGGAAUACAAAGAUGGUUUUGGUAUCCACAGCAUUACAUUUAUUAUUACAUUUAUAUUUCUUCUUUUAUCCUCACAACAACCUUGUGAAAUAGAUUAGGUUGAGAAACUCUGACUAGUCCAAGAUCAUCCAGUGAGUGGGGAUUUGAACUUUAGUCUACACUCAAACCACUACGUGGCCCAAAACUGCAGCAGACAAAUGAAGGUGGAGAUGAUAUAUUCUUCAGUGAGAAUCUUUGUUGAGCUUCUUUCCAUGCUUAUGGGUGUCUGUAAAGCCAGCAGAGCCAGAUUGAUUUUUCUAUCUUUUUUUCUCCUUUACAGUGGCAAAUUCUUCACUGUAAAACUGCCAUCUCCUUUGGCUCCAGGUGGAAAGAUUCGCUUAUCUGUUGAAACGGUUUUUACACAUGUCCUGCAGCCAUACCCAACUCAUAUCACCCAAGCAGAGAAACAGUUUGUGGUUUUUGAGGGCAAUCAUUAUUUUUACUCUCCGUAUCCAACCAAGACCCAAACUACUCGGAUUAAGCUGGCCUCAAGGAACGUGGAAAGCUACACCAAACUAGGCAAUCCUAGUCGGUCAGAGGACAUGAUUGAAUAUGGACCCUUCAGGGAUGUUCCACCAUACAGUGAGGUAAACUCUUAAUCCCAGUUAACAUUCCUAGGGGAGAAGCUGUUUAAAAGGAAUUUGUCACUCAUGUAGAAUUAAAAUACAUGCAUGCCAUUCUGCUGUGUCAAAUGAUUAAUAUAAAUCCAAAAACCAGAAAUGUAAGGGGCUUAAAAGGAACUAAAGUAAACUAAAUCUGCCUUGUAUGUAACAACUCCACCUGUUCAUCCUGGGUGGACAAAGAAUACCACACAGGUGAGUACAUGAGGUUAUAUGCAGGCCAGUGAGUGGACUAGCGAAGAAGAGAGAGAUUGCUGUGUUCCUUUGCCUGCCAGCCUUUGGCACAAGACAGUUUUUUUGCAGGCCUGCCAAGAGGCAUCUUCUCCUCCCUGGGCAGCACAGAAACAUGCUAGUAUUUACAAGAUUCAGCCAAAGGGCACCAAGCCUUUAAUCUUUGAAAACAGACAAGGCACUUUUUGUGUGUGCGCUAUUACAGAUUUCUAAUGGGCUCAGAAAAAGUAAUGCAGCCACUGUCUAUGGACAUUGCUCACAUUAUUCCACAUGUGGUUUCUCAGCAUAGACACCUUCCGACUGGGAUAGCUCAGUCAGUAGAGCAUGAGACUCUUAAUCUCAGGGUCAUGGGUUCAAGCCCCACAAUGGGCAAAAUAUUCUGGCAUUGCAGAGGGUUGGAUGAGAUGACCCUCAUGGUCCCUUUCAUCACUACAGUUCCAUGAUUGUAAGUGGAUAUUGGGGGUAGGCAAGGAAAUACUGUUUCCUUAAUGCACUGUUUAUGAGCUUCUCAGAAGCUUACUUGUGUCGGAGGCUGAAUGCUGGCCAAGAUGGAUCCUUGCUAGAUCUAGCCAACAUUUCUUAAUGAGUAUUGUGCAAUAUUUCAAUCAAUACAUAGAUUGUGUAAUACCUCAACAAAAUUAUUGAGAGUCUGAUUUGCAAGUAGGUCUUCUUAAUAGGCGUUGCUGUAAAUGACGUGGCUUUUUCUACAACACACUCGAGCACAGAAAGUCUUCAGUUUCUACUUUUUCUCCUUAGGAUAACCUUAAGGUGCACUAUGAAAACAACAGUCCAUUCCUGACGAUCACUACCAUGACACGUGUUAUUGAAGUUUCUCACUGGGGCAAUAUUGCUGUAGAAGAGACGGUUGACUUGAAGCACACAGGAGCUGUGCUCAAAGGGCCUUUCUCCAGAUAUGACUAUCAAAGACAGCCAGACAGUGGAAUAUCCUCUGUGAAGUCUUUCAAGGUCUGCCCUUGCAUAUUUCUCUUUGUCUUAAAAGGAGCCGGGGGGGGGGUGUAUAAGUAAACAGUUCCUCUUCCCCUUGCCAGAAGGACCAGGCUUUGGGGGUAGGGAAGGGGACAGCAAGGAAGCAUUGCUACUGAUCUGCUUUUGAGGAGAUGGUGCCUUACUGGAAACUUUCUUUCUGUCCCUUUUUUAUGUUGCUUCUUGUUUCUGAUAUGGAAGUACAGGCUUAGGGCGCAAUCCUAGCCCUACUUGUCUGGGAACAAGCCCCAUUGAAAUCAGUAAGACUUAGGUCUGUUUAAAUAUGGUUAGGAUUGCAGCCUUAGGUCGCUUGCCUUCCCCACCAUUCUUCUGUUUUGGAACAAAGCUAAAGGAGGCAGUGGGUGAGAAGAUUCCCAUACUAACUUUUGGAAGAAUUGCUUAGACGGCAAUUUAAAACUAAAAGGUGUUAAAUAUUAAAAUAAUUACAGUGAUUGCCUUAGGAAACGCAGUAAUAAAAAAAAAGGUACAUACAGUGGUAUCUCGGGUUACAAACUUAAUCCGUUCUGGAGGUCUGUUCUUUGACCAAAGCAUUCUUAACCCAAGCUGUGUGCUUUCCCUAAUGAGGCCUCCCACCCCCAGUGUUCGUCUUCCAUUCAUCUUCCGGGGCAAAGUGUGCUAACUGGAAUACCUAUGUCCGGUUUUGCAGAGUCCGUUGUUCAAAGUGUUCGUUAACAGGACUGUUCGUUGACCAAGGUAGCAUUGUAUUGUACUCUUUAGAAAUGUAGGCACUACAUUUAGAACCUGAGGACUUUGAAGGAAAGAUCAGGCAAGCAUUGGUUGGCAAUACUUUAGGGCAGAGGGUUGGACUGUAUGACCAGAAUCUCUUCCAAUGUGAUUUUUAAAAUUCAGUCUGCUGUAUAUGAUUUGCUUAUACUGUGGUUGCAACUGCUGUGAGCAUGGAGAUAACUGUUUGCUUUUAGUGAAAAUGCACUCUUAAAAACAGUGACUAGCAAGUGCCCCAAUUAUCGGUACUGGUGAAUUUGACAUUAAGUGCUUAUCUUGCUUUGGCAGACUAUCCUUCCUGCUGCUGCUCAAGAUGUGUAUUACCGAGAUGAAAUUGGCAACAUAUCCACCAGUCAUCUCCUCAUCCUGGAUGACUCUGUGGAAAUGGAGAUCCGCCCUCGCUUCCCCCUAUUUGGUGGUUGGAAGACACAUUACAUCAUUGGUUAUAACCUGCCUAGCUAUGAAUACCUCUUUAAUCUUGGUAGGUUUCCUUGUUACGGUAGUGGCAUCUGGAAUAUAAUUUGAGCAACUGGAAUACAAAGCUAUUCACUGUCUGCAGUUCUACGCAGAAUGGCAUAUUUGGAAUUCCAAAGAUUCUUAGUUUUAUUAUUUGUGCAUGUGUGCUCAGAAACCAGGUGCUGUACUGUUAAAGUGCAUCUCAGUACUUGAUUAUAUGAAUUUAAAUGAUGCCAUGCAUGGUUAGAAGCUCCUUCAGGUUUGCUCUCAGGCACACCUCCCCCCACCUCCUACUCUCCUGACACCAUUCUGUUCCUUUCCCAAAACAUACAAAAUGAUAUACAGUGUGGUCAAUGGGGGAUAUCCAGCUAAGCUGUACUAAGCUUUGUGCUCUGCACAGCUUAUGCUGGGUGCACAAUUCAAUGUGUUAUCACAGUAAUAGUGUGGAUAUUGCCUAACUUUACUGCAAGUAAGCAACCUGCAGCUAAAACAAGUUGUUGUGGAGCUUAAUGGGGGGGGGGGUUUAAGCUCACCUUUAAACUUGUGACUGUUUUACCCAACAGGGCUUUCAUAGCUGGUAUCCUGAUGCAUAGAAAAAAUCAUAGUAUCCUCUUGGCUUUUGUUUCCCAGGUGAUCAGUAUGCCCUGAAGAUGAGAUUUGUUGACCAUGUGUUUGAUGAGCAAGUUACAGACUCACUAACUGUAAAGAUAAUCCUUCCAGAAGGUGCCAAGUAAGUAAUAAUAUGGUUGAGAUCAAGGCACUUAGGUGUCAGCCAUAAAACAUAAGGCCUGCUUUGUGUAUUAUUCCCCUUAUGGUGAAGCAAGAAUGGGCAGCAUUUAUGUCCCUGUCGCAAUUCCACAUACCCCUGCCCUGUAUUAUGACAGUGUGUGGAGCAUGGUUGUCUGCAAAGGAACUCUUAUGUUUGAGCAGCUGCUUGUGCACGGGGACACCACUCAAUCAGGAUACCAACACCGCCAGGCAUCCCAAUUACAUGCAGCCUCUGUGUGUGAGCGGCAGCUCAUGUGUACACCUUUACUUGCAAAGGACCAUGCCCAAGCCAUGGACAUCGGAGGGCGGGGACUAAUCCAGGGCUACUUUCUCUCCACCCCCCAACAACAACCAGGUUAGGUUUUUCCUGGGACAGCUAACAGUAUUGUAUACACCUGUUUGCAGGAAUAUCCAUGUGGAUAGUCCAUAUGACAUCAGCCGGGCACCUGAUGAACUUCACUACACCUAUUUGGACACCUUUGGCCGUCCAGUCAUAGUUGCGCACAAGAACAACCUAGUUGAGCAGCACAUCCAGGAUAUUGUGGUAAGCAUAAGCCCUUUGCUUAGAUAGCAUAAAUAAUGAGAAGUACCACACUCAUCUUUGCAGCCCAGAUUGCUCUACAGCAAGUGACAUGGCUGCAUAAGCAACAGACCACGUUCAUAGAUCAGUGAAAAGAUGGAGCUUCACUCUUGAGUUCUGAUCUGCAUCUUAAAUGUGCAAGUAUCUCAUUGUUCUUACGUAUAGGAAUGUAAGGUGGGUAGCAUGUCAUCUUGACUAAUGGAAGUUUAUGCUCUUCUCACUGCUUGCCCUGCUCUUCCUAGGUGCACUAUAAUUUUAACAAGAUCCUGAUGCUGCAAGAACCUCUCCUGGUAGUUGGAGCCUUCUACAUCCUGUUCUUUACAGUGAUCCUCUACGUGAGGCUGGACUUCUCUAUCACUAAGGUACUGCAAUAGAGGCACGAUGAAACAGGGAGGAUGUGGCAGGAAUACAUUACUUGAAAUACAUUAAUUCUUUGAGUCAAUAAAUGAGCAUGUUGUGUUAGGGCUUACCUUUUUCAAAGCACUGCUAAGAUCCAAACUGGCCAAAAUUCUUCAUCUAUUAAUUUUCACGGAAUGAAGUAGAUUUUUAAAAUGGCGUUUUGGUCCAUGUUUUAAUUAAUUUUGAUUCAGUCACGAUGGCUUGCACAGUGGAUAACAUUGUUUUCUUAUCGCAUACAAGUCUAUUUGAAGCAAAUGGAACUCCUCAGUGUUUCUUGUUUUUGCACUUUGCUGCAAACAAUUAUUUUGGUAAAGUCUGUCUGAUGAAUUUAGCCAGUGUAGUGAAUAAGCAACAGAAUUGUGAACUAGGAACGCCUUUGGUUUAGAUUUUGUCUUCUCCCUUUCGACUCUCUAGAUAGACUUUAGGUAUGCCAGUCUCUCUGCCUCGGUCUUUUAUUUCCAAGGUGGAGGUUAUGCUGACAGAUCUUAUAGGGUUGUUGUAAGGACUACAGAGAGAGCACACAAAACACUUUCUGGACACUUAGAAUGCACCGUAUACUGUAACAAGUAUUUAAGCCAUUGUGCUUUUGCAGGACCCAGCAGCAGAAGCUAGGAUGAAAGUUGCCUGCAUCACAGAGCAAGUUCUCACCUUGGUGAAUAAGAGACUACGUCUGUACCGCCAUUUUGAUGAAGCUGUGAAUAAGUAUAAGCAGUCACGGGAUAUUUCAAACCUAAACAGUGGCAAAAAAUCACUGGAGACUGAACAUAAGGCCUUAACCAACGAAAUAGCUUCAUUGCAGUCCAAGCUGAAGACAGAAGGCUCUGACUUGUGUGACAAAGUAAGAAUCCGUUGGCCUCCUUAGUGUGUAUUGUUACUGUACUGCCUUUAUUCUAAACUGCCUUUUCUCUUGUCAUUCCCAAGGCAGAUAUUUUCCGCACACUUUAAAUAAAUUCUUUUUUGUUGCCUUCGUUCUGUGUUUACACUGUAUCAUGAUGAUUCCAGAAUAAUACUGCUAAAGUUGAGAUUUCUAGGUUCCUUGAUAGUUUUAUUUCCAAGCAUUCCUCCAUAAGGCUGGAGAGCCCUGGGGGAAUUUCCCCGUUUUCAUUCUGCCAUGGCUUUAAAUAUUGCGCUACCUGUAUAAAAUAUCUAAACCAGGACUGUCGACUAUCCCCGCUUGAUGAGAUGCAUUGGCCAGGGUCCUCCACCACAUUCAGCCAAGCCCUUCUCUCAGUGAGUAGGCCCUGAAGGUAGCAAGUUUGCUCCAAAUGUUUUAAUGUUGUGUGGGGAAUACAUCAAGCCCCUCUGGGUGCAUUAAGCCUUCUGGCUACCACUUACCUAACAUGCCUACUGCUUUGAAAUGGAAUGUUUUUUGAAAGCUGCUGCUCAACAUUGGUGAGCGAAGCCUAAGGCAUCCUGACUUCCCGAUUUUAAGUUGUAUUAAUCCUUAGGCACAAAUGUGGUCCACGUGUCAUUCUCUUAGCAGACUGCUUCUACUCUGCUUUGAGUGAAACUUUCACCCACAAUAGGAGAUGCAUUCAGUGGAUCUCCCUGGAACUGUUGGUGAAUAUAUCUAUCUUGAAGAUGGUCACUUUUGCCAGGAUGUCAAUGCAUAAUUUGCAACGGAAGGGCUGUUAAUGCAUUCUGUUCAUUAAUACUCAGCUGCAGUUAGCUGAAAGCUCCCUUGGUAACUGGGAGGAGGGCUGAGUGGAGCGGCUGUGCACACACACUGUAGCUGUUAUCUCUACAUAUUCCUCUGCUGAUGUUUUGCUAUAAAAUGGAAGGAAGGUUAGAAGGCAUUUCAUUUCUCAAAAACAAAGUAUGAAUGAAAUGUUGCAUAAUCAAGUGCUCUUACUAUCAUGGAACCAGCACUGACAUGUUUGUUGCAGUAAGUGUCCAUAUUCAGAACCAUUAAAUGUAAAGUUUAAAUGGGUGUAGCUUCAAACAUAUCAUUGUAUAGUUUGCCAUAUACAGUCGUACCUUCGUUUUCGAACAGCUUAGUUCUCGAGCCCUGCAAAAACCUGGAAGUGACCAUUCCUGUUUGCAAACUAUUUUUGGAAGCCAAACAUCCGACGGGGUUUCUGCGGCUUCCACGCAUUGGUUUUCAAAUGUUUUGAAAGUCAAAUGGACUUCCAGAAUGGAUUCUGUUCAACUUCAAAAGUACGACUGUAAUUGUUUGCUUAGACCCUGUAAAUCUACUACUUCUAGGGUGACCGUAAAAAUAAAAUGAAAGCACCCUAUUACUGUUGCUUUGUAUGGCUAUGGUGUUGUCCAGUCACCUAAUGUUUUGUCCCAAAUUUCUUCCAAGGUUAGUGAAAUUCAGAAACUUGACAGCCAAGUAAAGGAGCUGGUCCUGAAAUCUUCUGUGGAGGCUGAGCGGCUGGUUGUCGGCAAGCUUAAGAAGGAUACAUACAUCGAGAAUGAGAAGAUGCAUUCUAACAAGCGUCAGGAGCUGAUCACCAAAAUCGACAACAUCCUUGAUGCGCUAUAAGUUAGAAGUAAAAAGUUUGGGAAAGAGCUAAAAGGGGUGGAAGAAGGUUCAAUGAGCAUACUGAGCCACACCAAGUUGGGGAAUGGGGGGGGGGAGAGGUGUGUCUAGCCUACAAAACUGCAGCAAGGAAAAAGUUUUUGGAAAUCGCCUCCAAAAUGUGGUAUUAGUCACUUUUAGGACCUGUUUGCUCUGUGAUACACCUACUAUACAGAAGAGGUGUAUUUAUACCAUGCCUUGGACUUAAAUGAAACCAUAGUCCUCAAAGUGUUACUAGCACGACUUCAAAGUCUGCUGAGAGGCCCCCUAAUUUUCAGUAGGGAAGCAUGCACACAGGUCCUGUACUGGCACUGAAUGUCUCAGAGAGUAAAUACAACUGUUUUAUUCAAAGGUUUGGUACCAAAUCUUUCCUUCUGUCCUCCACCUUUGAAUUUAUACUUUUUUAUAUUUUGGAGAUGGGGAUACAGAUAAGUAACUUGAACAAAGGAUUUUUUUUUUAACUAUUUGUCGCACUAAAUGAGAUUCUUGUCCCUGAACUUUCUGAGCCUCUUUUGAAAUUCAGUUUUGGGGUAGAGUCCAGGGAAAGAGAAGGGAGCGGGUGAGGUUCAUUUGCUUAGAAGCCUGUGCUUUUCCUCAGACGGUUUGUUUCUUUAAAAAAAAAUUGUAGGGAAGAUCAAACUGAAAUAAAGAUGUAUGGAUCUUCUGCCUCUA